AUGCAUAAUAAAACCGCAGCACCAAUCGAAUGCGAUGAUGCAAAUCGAUCAAUCCGAAAGUCCAAAUCAGCAUCCAAUCCCUCGACUCCGUCGAAGAAAAAACCCUCGUCGACAAAUCUAGCAGUGAAAAUCGAAACUGAUGAUAAUGAUAAUAAAUUAGAUAAUGAUAAAUUAUCGCCGACAGGAUAUAAAGCAAAUGGAAAUACUUCACCGAGUCAUCGACGUCGACCAAAACGCUCAUCAAUAAAUAAUCAUUCGCUUCUAUCAACUGUUGCUAGCGUACAUGAACUAAUGUCAUUUGUUAUUUAUAAAGAUAAUCCGCCAUCGUGGUUAAAGCAAACGGAUUUAUACAAAGAAUAUUUAGAAAAAUCUGAAAAAAUUACUAUGGAAAAUAAUUCGUCUAUGUCACCUCCACAUUUUCAUCAGCAAGUACAUCGUAAACAACGUUGUAAUCUACAAAUGUAUGCGCGAUCAGACCAAUCAUGGCCAUUGCUGUCGUCUUCAUUGUCAAUAAGUCCAACAGUAGAACAACGUGUGAAAACGAGAAAUCGUUCGAGUGAAUCGUUGCAUAGAACCAAACGGGAAACGAAUAUUUCUCCCAUCCAUUCAUCUGUAUCAAUGACUGAUUUGUCGAUUCCAUUGAAUAUUUCGAUCAAAAAAGAUCCAAUCGAACAGAAUUCGUUAUUGAAUACAAACAAAACAAAAUCAUUGAAACAACCAUCAUCAGUUGUGACAACGAGAAGACAGCAGAUGCUGUGCAAGAAAAAAACUCCCCAAAAUGGUCUACGACGCCGACGACGUAUGAACAGUGUAGAAAAUCAAGAACCUUCAGAGCACAAGAAUUCAUCAUCAUCCUCAUCAUCAUCAUCAUCGCAAAAUGACAGUAACACAUCGAUCACAUCAUCAUCUUCGAUUGAACACGCGUCACCGUCGCCGACGACGACAGUUUCACGUUCAUCGUCGCACAAUUCAAGUUCAACCGAAUACAUGCGUGGCAGUGAAUCAAUGAAUACGCGUUAUUCAUCCCCAUUACGUAUUCAAACAAGUAUUUCACCGCAACUACAAUCGCUAUCCACACCACAACGUCGUUCCACACGUAUAUGGGCACCGUCGAAUUUUUAUAUCAAUCCAAUGUGGAUUUUACCAAGUGCUGGUAAUACGCCAUCGAAACGCUUACUUGUACAAAAUGCAUCAUCAUCUCCAUCACCACCAUCCGAAUCGAAUAAACGCCCAAGACGGCGAUGCCGAUCUUAG